CCAAAAAAACCAAAAGCAGGAGAGGAAAAAAUAAAAGCGAGACGAGUUUCGGAGAGAGAAAAUUGAGGAGGAGGAGGAGGAGGAGGAGAGAGAAGGGGAGAUAAGAGGCGAGGAGGGAGGGACGCGGCGGCGGCUCGGUGGAGAAGGAAGGGAGCAGACGGAGGCGGCGGGCGGCGGCGGCCAAACCCUAGGUGGAAGCUGUGAGGAGGAGGAGGAGGUGUGGGGGUGGCUCUCUGGCUGGUCGGAUUCGGCCGGCGGGGAGGCGCCAGAUCGGCGGCGGGGCGCCGCCGGGAGCGGAGGAGGAGAUCCGGGGCCGGAGGGUCGUGAGCUUUUUCUGUGGCCGUCGGUUUGGGGGUUCUCUUGUUGGGUUUUUGUUGCUGCUGUUUUUUUUUGUGGAGGUUUGAGCGAGUAGAGGGGUGUUUGGUGCGGCCGUUUGAGGCGGUUUGGGGUGGUUUUAGAGGGGAUUUGGGAGGGGAUCUGCCGCGGAAGCGGGGUUUUCUGCUCGGUUUUGAGAGCUGGAGGCGCAGGCUGGGAUCGGCGGAGCCAUGUCGUCGCUUAGCAGGGAGCUGGUGUUUCUCAUCCUGCAGUUCCUUGACGAGGAGAAGUUUAAGGAGACGGUCCACAAGUUGGAGCAGGAGUCUGCGUUUUACUUCAACAUGAAGCAUUUCGAAGACCUGGUGCAGGGAGGGGAGUGGGACGAGGUGGAGAAGUACCUUAGCGGCUUCACCAAGGUGGAGGACAACCGCUACUCCAUGAAAAUAUUCUUUGAGAUCCGGAAGCAGAAGUACCUCGAAGCCCUUGACAGGCAUGAUCGAGCCAAGGCGGUGGAGAUACUCGUUAAGGAUCUCAAGGUGUUUGCCUCAUUCAAUGAGGAGCUCUUCAAGGAGAUAACUCAGCUGCUGACGUUGGAGAAUUUUAGGCAAAAUGAGCAGUUGUCCAAGUAUGGGGACACAAAGUCAGCCCGGAAUAUCAUGCUCAUGGAGCUCAAGAAGCUUAUCGAGGCAAACCCACUGUUCCGAGACAAGCUGAAUUUCCCUCCAUUUAAAGUUUCAAGACUCCGCACAUUAAUCAAUCAAAGUCUUAACUGGCAACAUCAGCUAUGCAAAAAUCCUCGACCAAACCCUGACAUCAAGACACUUUUCACUGAUCACUCUUGUGCCGCUCCUACCAAUGGAGCCAGAGCUCCUCCCCCUGCAAAUGGGCCUCUUGUCGGACCAAUCCCUAAGUCAGCUGCAUUUCCCCCAAUGGGUGCUCAUGCGCCAUUUCAACCUGUGGUGUCACCAUCUCCAAAUGCAAUUGCGGGUUGGAUGACAAAUGCAAACCCCUCUUUGCCACAUGCUGCAGUCGCACAAGGACCACCUGGUCUUGUUCAGCCUCCAAACACAGCGGCAUUUCUAAAACAUCCAAGGACUCCAACAAGUGCUCCUGGCAUUGAUUAUCAGUCUGCAGAUUCUGAACAUCUGAUGAAAAGAAUGCGUGUAGGCCAACCAGAUGAGGUGUCCUUUUCUGGUGCAAGCCACCCUGCCAACAUUUAUACUCAAGAUGACCUUCCAAAACAAGUGGUUCGCAAUCUUAACCAGGGUUCAAAUGUUAUGAGCCUGGAUUUCCACCCUAUUCAACAAACCAUUCUUUUAGUUGGAACAAAUGUUGGUGACAUUGGGAUAUGGGAAGUUGGCUCACGAGAAAGGAUAGCUCACAAGACAUUCAAAGUUUGGGAUAUUGGUUCUUGCACCUUGCCUUUGCAGGCUGCAUUAAUGAAGGAUGCUGCAAUAUCUGUCAAUAGAUGCCUGUGGAGCCCUGAUGGAAAUAUUCUAGGUGUUGCUUUUUCAAAGCAUAUUGUUCAGACGUAUGCAUUUGCGCUCAAUGGAGAAUUGCGGCAGCAAGCAGAGAUUGAUGCUCACAUUGGUGGGGUUAAUGACAUUGCCUUCUCGCACCCCAACAAGACCCUCUCAAUUAUUACUUGUGGUGAUGAUAAACUCAUUAAGGUAUGGGAUGCUCAAUCAGGACAAAAGCAAUACACAUUUGAAGGUCAUGAAGCUCCAGUUUACUCUGUUUGCCCUCACUACAAGGAGUCUAUUCAGUUUAUAUUCUCUACUGCCAUUGAUGGGAAAAUUAAGGCAUGGCUAUAUGACUGUUUGGGCUCAAGGGUUGACUAUGAUGCUCCUGGACAUUGGUGUACUACCAUGGCUUACAGUGCUGAUGGAACAAGGCUCUUCUCAUGUGGUACUAGUAAAGACGGUGAUUCACACUUGGUUGAGUGGAAUGAGACUGAAGGAGCUAUUAAGAGGACAUACAAUGGCUUUAGGAAGCGCUCACUGGGUGUUGUCCAGUUUGACACAACCAGAAACCACUUCUUGGCUGCUGGAGAUGAAUUCCUUGUUAAAUUCUGGGAUAUGGAUAGCACCAAUAUACUUACGACAACAGAUUGUGAUGGUGGACUGCCAGCAAGCCCACGCUUAAGAUUCAACAGAGAAGGUUCAUUGCUUGCUGUUACAGCAAAUGAAAAUGGAAUAAAAAUAUUAGCCAACACUGAUGGACAGCGUUUGCUAAGGAUGCUAGAGAGCAGAGCUUAUGAGGGCUCUCGAGGGCCUCCUCAACAAAUUAAUACCAAGCCCCCAAUUGUGAACACCCUUGGUUCUGUUUCGAAUGUGUCUAGUCCUAUGGCAGUGAACUCGGAGAGACCUGAUCGAGCACUGCCUACAGUGUCAAUGAGUGGCUUGGCACCCAUGGAUGUUAGCAGAACCCCUGAUGUGAAGCCAAGAAUUGCAGAUGAAUCUGAAAAGGUUAAAACUUGGAAGUUGGCAGACAUUGUUGACUCAGGACAUCUCCGAGCACUGCGUAUGCCAGAUACAUCAGCAACUUCAAGCAAAGUUGUCCGUCUGCUAUAUACAAAUAACGGGAUUGCACUUUUGGCUCUUGGCUCCAAUGCUGUUCAUAAGCUGUGGAAAUGGCAACGCACUGAAAGGAAUCCUAACGGCAAGUCCACUGCAUCUGUUACCCCUCAAAUGUGGCAACCAGCAAAUGGGAUUCUAAUGGCGAAUGAUACUAGUGAUGGCAAUCCCGAAGAGGCAACUGCAUGUAUUGCUCUGUCCAAAAAUGAUUCUUAUGUGAUGUCUGCAUCUGGUGGCAAAGUUUCAUUGUUCAACAUGAUGACAUUCAAGGUCAUGACUACUUUCAUGGCACCUCCACCUGCUGCAACAUUCCUGGCAUUCCACCCCCAAGACAAUAAUAUUAUUGCUAUUGGAAUGGAAGACUCUACCAUUCAAAUCUAUAAUGUCCGUGUUGAUGAGGUUAAAAGCAAGCUCAAGGGACAUUCGAAAAAGAUCACCGGGUUGGCAUUUUCACAGUCAAUGAAUAUGCUUGUAUCUUCAGGGGCUGAUGCUCAGCUAUGUGCUUGGAGCAUUGAUGGUUGGGAAAAGAAGAAAUCGAGAUAUAUCCAACCUCCACCAAAUCGUUCUGGUGCUUUAGUUGGUGAUACAAGGGUGCAGUUUCACAAUGAUCAAACACAUAUUCUGGUGGUUCAUGAGAGCCAGUUGGCGAUCUAUGACGCAAAGCUAGAAUGCUUGCGCUCGUGGUCUCCAAGAGAGGCACUCUCCGCCCCAAUUUCGAGUGCAAUAUACUCAUGUGAUGGUCUCCUCAUCUAUGCUGGAUUCUGUGAUGGUGCAAUUGGAGUAUUUGAGGCAGAGUCUCUUAGGCUGCGAUGCAGGAUAGCACCUUCUGCAUACAUACCACCCUCAAUGUCUAGCGGUGGAAGUGUCUACCCCAUGGUUGUUGCUGCGCAUCCCUUGGAGCCAAACCAGAUUGCAGUUGGCAUGAGCGAUGGUGCUGUUCAUGUGGUGGAGCCGUUGGACACAGACCCAAAGUGGGGAGUGGCGCCUCCUCAAGACAAUGGAGCCCACCCCACAAUAUCAGCGGCUCCGGCAGCAGCUAACAAACCAGAAGUCUGAUCAGCCCUCUAGUGACUUGGCCAGUAGUGCCAAAAUUCGUUAGCCCAAAGAACUGUAGGAUUGUAGGAGAUAGGGAGAAAGAAGAAACAGUUUAGAUUUAUGGGAUGAGGUGAUAUGUAUCAAGUCUGCAGCGUCUCCUUUGGCUGUGGCAGCAGCACAGGUGGUGAUUGAUGAUGAUGACAUGUCUAAAUUAGUUUUUGGUUCUUUUUUUUUGCCCCCACCAAAAAAAAUAUUGACCUCACCUGGCGGCUGCCGCAGUGUCUGUGCCGGAGAUGGCUGCCAUCUUUCCCUCCUUUGUAAAGCUUUUCCAGCUCUGAGCUAGUGGUGGUUGGUACCUUAGAGAAUGUUCUUUUGCUCCCUGCCCUUUUUUGCGGGGCAGGCAGGUAUUCCUAGUGUAAAAUAUGGUUGGCGUGUUGGAUGGUGGUAUUUGUUUUGGCCCGCCUAAUGUGUGACUGAUUCAA